CUCUCACGCACCUUCUUCCCCCCUCCCCCAACUCUCUCACUCUCCCCCAACUCUCUCUCUCUCUCUCUGAACUCCCUCGAUCAACCCCUCCGCCUCCGCCUCCGCCUCCGCCUCCGCAUCUGUCUCCUUAUCUGAUCGUCGUCGUUGCCGCCUCCAGUAGUCAUUGUCGCGUUCUGUUGUUCGAUUCUUUCACUCCGCUCCGCUUUGGCAACUCAGAGAUCAUCUUCCCAAGAUCAAGUUUGGGCAGUUGUGGCUGCAAGGUUUUGCUGUGGUGGCUCCGUGUUGAAGCUCGUGCAGAUAGCAAAUUCCCUGCCCGUUCUUACAUGGCUACUAGUGGGCGAAGAGGUAGGGCUGCACGAAGAGGAGGACGAGUUGGCGGACAAACAAAGCCUAUUGUUGCCCCCAUUACAUCAGAUUCUGGAGGACAUGUUGGAGGACAGACAGAACCUAUUGUUGCCCCCACUACAUCACAUUCUGGAGGACAGGUUGGAGGACAGACAGAGCCUAUUGUUGCCCCCACUACAUUUCCGUUAGUGGAGCCUAUUACAAUCCCAUCUCCACCAGUUGUCACACAUUCUGAUGUGGAUGUGCACACCUCAUCUCGAUCAAUAGCUGCAAAUGUGGAUGUGCACAUCUCAUCUCGAUCAACAGCUGCAAAUGUGGAUGUGGAUGCACCUGAAGGUUCAAUUGUACGCAGGAGUACUUAUGGACAACGUGCUCGGAAGGUGAAGAAACAUGCUAAGGAAAGAUUGACUGUGGAGUUCAAUUUUACUCUUAUGCAAGCUAUUUGUGACAACGCAAAGAUGUUUAAUAAUGAAAUUGGAUACAUUGUACGUAAGAAUUGUAGUUUUCAAUAUAAGGAGUGGAGAUGUGUACCUUCAAUAGUUAGGGCACCGCUUCGUCACAAACUUCUUACUGUUUUUGAUAACAACAUUGAGGAUAAAAAUAUCCAAAAGGUUAUCGAUAAGCAAAUGCAACGAGCUUGGAGAGGCCACAAAUAUAAGCUACAUGCUUACUUCAAAGAAAUUGGAGGAGAGAAAGAUCCAAUUAAGGCCAAAAGUAAGCGCCAUGAGAAAGUGAACCAAGAUGAUUGGGAUUACCUUUGUGAUCUUUGGACAAAUCCUGUUUUUAUGGAACGAGCACAGAAGAAUGCCAACUCUCGUGCAAAACGAAAGUGGGAAUCUAGAAAUGGUUCGAGGAGUACAGCGCGUCAUCACGUUGUUCGUGGAGCUAACUUGGAUGGCCCGACAGGACAUAUUGAGACUUGGCAUCUUCGACAUUGGCAUUCCGAACACGGUUGGUCGUCUUCAGAGUUAGAGGCUAAAUAUGAACAAAUGAUGCAGUUGAGGCGAGAUAAUUCUCCAGAUAAAAUGACUGAUAAGGAUAUCUUAAAAAAGGUUCUUGGACGACAAUCUGUUCGCUUGUUUGGUUGGGGGCGAUCUCCUAGUACUUCCGGGACAACAUGCACUAGUGAGGAGUCUAGUCGUCCAACUUACAAACAAUUGGUUGAUGAUUUGAACAGGUACAAAUCUCUUUUUCAAGAGCUCCAGGGAGACGUGAACAUGUUGCGGCAAGUAUUGAUUGAAAAAAAUAUUAUGCCUCCUCCGUCUACUGCGCAUGUACCAUCGGAUCAUAGUUCAGGACGAUCUCGCCUCAAUCCAUCCCGUCUCGACCCAUCCAGUUCUAGCCCUUCCCUCCAUUCUACUGAAGAGGAGUUUGGCGAUGAGAUUUAAUAAUUUGUUUUGUGCUUUUUUUUCAAGAAUGUUUGAACUUUUUAGGUGACUUUAUGCUUAUUUUGUGACUUUAUGACUUUUUAUGUGCAUAUAUGUUUGAACUAAAUCGUAAUAGAUGACUUUUUAUUUGGUGA